GAAUCAUACAGAGAUCGGCGUUCUCGAAACCCAUCGAUGACGUCAUUGUUCCUUACAAGCCAAAGAUUACAGUACUCCUUCUCCUCAAUAUCUCCUCUUCAUUCCUUCUGAAUCGGUGCACCCGCCUGUUUCCUGUGUAAUGAUUAGCGGCCCAUUUCUUCACUUUGAUCCAACUGUUCCACUCCAGACAGUCAUGAUCGGACACCCGGCGACGUCUCCUUUGUCGCUUCCAUCAUCAUCGUCUAGUCCGACCGUUGCCGACCCAUCGAACAUUCAUUGCCGAGUUUGCGAGAGACGAUACGACGGUUCGCAGCACUUCGGAAUUGAUAUUUGCCGAGCAUGUGCCGCAUUCUUCCGACGAAGUGUAGCUGUCAAGAAGACAUUCGUCUGUAGACGUGGAACCAACAAAUGUGAACUUAACAUGUCUCGAAAAACCACAUGCCAAAAGUGCCGAUGGAUGAGGUGUCUUCUUGUUGGUCUUAAUGUUGAUGCAGUAGUUGGCCGACGAUCACCCGACCAUGUCAAGACAACAUCAAGAGACGAAUCAGUUAAAAAGGAAGAUGAAGAAUCGGAUACUGGCUCAGAGGGUAAAUCAUGUGAAGAUAUGGAUGUAUCCCAUCCAAUUGAACAAUUCCAACAACAAAUAUCAUUUUCUGUGCACCGCCCAAUUCCAACAAUUGGAAAUCCAAAUAUCUACACAACAAGGGCAUCUCUCAUUAACAAAGUACUUAUCAACUAUAAUGAAUUCACCAAAUCCCGCCUAGACGUCGAGCUUUCUCUCAAGCACAUGCAACAAGAUUCCAAAGUAUUCGGAUCAACUGGCAUUCCAAUUGUUCCAGCAACUCGUGAAAUCAUCUCAGAAAUCUACCAAAAACAAUUCGGGCUUCUCCAUAUUUUCCUCAAAAACACUUUCGACGAAUAUGCCGAGUGUGAUGUCCAGGAGCAAAAGAGAAUUUGUGCUAUGUUUUAUCCAGUUCUCUGGGAAAUCGAGUCCUGCUACUGGACCUACCGUAAUAUGCCAGUUCAACCUGAAUACGAGACUUUGAUGAUGUGCACUCAAACUACUUACAUCGACUCGAAAAAUGUUAGAUACUGGCUUGGAAAUACCACUGGAUUGAAUGAAUCUGAUAUUCAAGCAGUUGAAGCUCGUUUGGAGAAUCUUCUAACUAAAGCAAGAAACUUGGUUCUCGAGCCAAUGCACAAAUUGAUCAUCAAAGAAUUCGAAUUCAUUACCCUUUUGGCUCUCAACAUCUGGGCUCCUCGCAAUCAUCGCGGCUGUGUUUCCGAAGAUCGCGCCGAGCAAGUUCGUGAUGCUCUUUUCGAUGAUCUACAUUAUUUGUAUUGUGAUGGCUUGAAAAUCGACAAGUAUUCAAGUAGAAUGGGAGAAAUGAUGUGUCUUCAUACAGAAGUUCAGAAUGCCGAUAUGUCCUCCACCAUCAAGAAUAUCCUAUUUUCCGAUCUCAACGCCUACUUGUACUCAAUCUAAUUUUGUUUCCCUAAGGUUUCUAUCCUCCCGAAUCCCCUUUUAAUAUCCUGUAAAUACUUUCUUCAGUUUUCAAAUUCUCAAAUUUGCUUUCACUAUCAGUUUAAACUCGAAGCUUUUGAACAUUUUCAUCCUUCCAAAUGACUAUCUCUAUCAAAAAAUUGUGAUCGCGUUCUGAUUGCCAUAGCUGAUCUUUAAUAUUGUACCGUAUUGUUCACUAUAUUUCCUUACCUCAUAAUAAACAACGAAAUUUGAUGUUGUUUAAUCCUGCAGAUCAGUGGCUGGUUUUUAAUGUAGAACACAAUGAUGAAACAUUGCCG